AUGGGACCAGCAAACCAAGCCGCAUGGCUCGUCAAACCCAAAACCCCCCUACAAGUUAGCGAUGCUCCUUUGCCCACAGCGGGACCUGGAGAACUGGUUGUAAAGAAUGCCGCCAUCGCCAUCAACCCGCUCGAUUGCCAUAUGCAGGACUCGGGCGUCUUCAUACAGCAGUGGCCUGCUAUAUUUGGCUGUGACGUCGCCGGCGAGGUGUACGAAGUGGGAUCGAACGUGCAGCGUUUUAAGAGAGGGGAUCGAGUCAUUGGACAUGCCAUCAACUUGGCCAGUGGCCAGCCCCAGGAUGGCGCUUUUGCUUCGUAUACAGUCGUCUCUGCCGACAAAGCAGCUAUUCUUCCUGAGGCCAUCUCUUUCACUGAUGGUGUCGUGGUGCCAUUUGCGCUGGAGGCGGCGGUUUGCGCGCUCUCCCUCAAGGUUCCCGGUGUGGCCAUGCCUGGCGUCCCUACCCCAGCCCUGGGCUUACCAUAUCCCUCGCUACAGCAAGUAGCACCCCUGUGUAAGACGAUCGUCGUGUACGGUGGCUCGUCGUCCGUCGGCUCCAUGACAACGCAGCUUGCCACAGCCGCUGGAAUCUACGUUAUCUCCAUCGUGGGUGCACACAACUUUGACUUCAGCAAGCGCUGUGGGGCGGCACAAGUCUUUGACCAUAAGGACCGUUCGGUCGUCGAUAAGGUUGUCGAAGCCAUCGGUAAAUCCAGCCAGUCAGAGUUCGUCGGUAUUUUUGACGCCAUCUCUACUCCUGAGACGUACGCGAAUGACCUCGCCAUUCUCGCUAAGCUGGGUGGGGGUCAUCUUGCCUGCGUACAUCCUCCUCCUGCGGAUGUGCCUGCGAAUAUAAAGGCUGGUAUGAUCUUUGCUGUGAACGACAUCGCGACGCCCGUCUGGAGGGAAUAUGUUACGCCAGCGCUGCGGGUUGGAAAGCUGCAGUGUCUUCCGCCGCCAACUAUCGUCGGUAAGGGCUUGGGGUUCAUUCAAGAUGGGCUGAAGAAAUGCAGGACCGGUGCUCUGGGCACUCUGAUUGCUAACACAGUCAUCACGAGCGGCUACUUAAUCAUGCUAGAGCAGAUUCGCGUGCACUCACGAGCAGUGAGCAUAGAACUGAGUGCUAUGGUGCAUCAACAACUUAGCAGAUAG